AUGUCGGAAUUGCGCUUUGACGGCCAGACCGUGGUUGUCACGGGUGCUGGUGGUGGUUUGGGGAGAGCUUAUGCUCUUUUCUUCGGUGCCCGUGGUGCCAACGUUGUGGUCAAUGACUUGGGUAGCUCACAUACAGGCGAGGGACAAUCGUCGAAAGCUGCUGAUAUCGUCGUCGAUGAGAUCAAAGCCAAGGGUGGAAAGGCUGCGGCCAAUUACGACAGUGUUGAGCAUGGAGAUAGAAUCAUUGACACUGCUAUCAAAAACUUUGGCCGCAUCGACAUCCUUAUAAACAAUGCAGGCAUUCUCCGAGAUGUCAGCUUUAAAAAUAUGAAAGAUCAAGAUUGGGAUUUAAUCAACACCGUUCACACAUAUGGUUCAUAUAAGUGUGCAAGAGCAGCGUGGCCUCACUUUAGAAAACAAAAGUACGGUAGAGUCAUCAACACAGCCUCAGCUGCAGGCCUCUUUGGUAGCUUUGGCCAAACCAAUUAUUCAGCCGCCAAACUUGCUAUGGUUGGAUUCACCGAAACCCUUGCAAAAGAAGGUAUUAAAUACAAUAUCCAUGCUAACGUUAUUGCCCCAAUUGCUGCCAGCCGCAUGACCGAAACUGUCAUGCCACCAGAGGUCUUGGAAAACCUUAAGCCCGAGUGGGUUGUUCCUCUAGUUGCUGUGCUUGUUCACUCUUCAAGCAAGGAAACUGGAUCUAUUUUCGAAGCCGGCGCUGGCCAUGUUGCCAAAAUUCGAUGGGAGCGUGCGAAAGGCGCUCUGUUGAAGGCGGAUGAUUCGCUUACCCCUGGAGCUAUUCUUGCCAAAUGGGAUCAAGUCAAUGACUUCUCCGAGCCAAGCUAUCCAACUGGCCCUAACGAGUUUAUGGAUUUACUGCAAGCUGGAAUGGAGCUUCCUAGCAGCCCUUCAGCCAAGGAACCAGACUUCAGCGGAAAGGUUGCUUUGAUUACAGGUGCAGGAGCCGGCCUUGGUCGAACCUACGCUCUUCUAUUUGCCAAACUCGGUGCCUCUAUUGUUGUAAAUGAUCUAGUUGACCCAGAACCAGUUGUCCAAGAGAUCAAGAAGAUGGGCCGAAAGGCUGUUGGCUCCAAAGCCUCUGUUGAGGAUGGCCCAGCGGUUGUGAAGGCUGCAAUUGAUAACUUCGGCCGUAUUGAUAUCCUCGUCAACAACGCUGGUAUUCUCCGAGACAAAGCGUUUACUAACAUGGAUGACAACCUUUGGAACUCUGUUGUCAAUGUUCAUCUUCGCGGCACAUAUAGCGUUACCAAAGCUGCUUGGCCUCACAUGUUAAAGAAUAAAUAUGGACGAAUCGUUAACACCACCAGCACUAGUGGUAUCUAUGGCAACUUUGGCCAGGCCAACUAUGCUGCUGCUAAACUGGGUAUUCUCGGCUUCUCCCGUGCCUUGGCCAUUGAAGGAGCCAAGUAUAACAUCCGCGUCAAUACUAUCGCACCAAACGCGGGCACUCAGAUGACCCGAACAGUUAUGCCCGAGGAGGUCGUUCAGGCUUUCAAACCUGAGCAAGUUGCUCCUUUCGUUGUCCUACUCUGCUCCGAUGAGCUCCCUGAGCCAAUCAGCAAAGGCUUGUACGAAUGCGGCAGUGGUUGGUUCGGCCGUACCAGAUGGCAACGAUCUGGUGGCCAUGGCUUCCCCAUCGACGUCACAUUGACACCCGAAGCUGUUGCUUCCAUGUGGGGCAAGAUUACAAACUUCGACGAUGGCCGCGCAGACAACCCAGAAGACAGCCAGGCUGGUGUUCAGAGUAUCAUGGAGAACAUGAAUAACAAGAGCGGUGGGGCGCCCAAAAAGGGUGGUGAUGGUGAUCAGGGCAUCCUGGGUGCUAUUGCAGCUGCUAAGGAGAUGAAGGCAGAGGGUACCGCUUUCGAUUAUACUGACCGCGACGUUAUUCUUUACAAUCUCAGUCUUGGCGCGAAAAGAACGCACCUCCCCCUUGUUUACGAGAACCAUGAGGGUUUCCAGGCCUUGCCCACUUUCGGUGUCGUUCCCUGGUUUAACUCCAACAUUCCAUGGAGCCUGAAUGAUAUUGUUGCCAACUUCUCCCCUAUGAUGAUUCUUCAUGGUGAGCAGUAUUUGGAAAUCCGCAAAUUCCCGAUUCCAACCGCUGCGAAGACGGUCUCUUACCCGAAACUCAUCGACGUAAUUGAUAAGGGCAAUGCCGCCGUUGUCGUCCAUGGCUUUGUGACCAAGGAUGCCAAAACUGGGCAGGAGCUCUUCUACAACGAGUCCACCAUGUUCAUUCGUGGAAGCGGUGGGUUUGGUGGCUCUAGCAAAUCUGCUGCCCGCAGACCUGCUGCUUCCACUGCUGCCUACAAACCCCCGCAGCGCAAGCCUGACGCCGUCGUCGAGGAGAAGACCUUGGAAGACCAGGCUGCUCUCUAUCGUCUCAACGGUGACCGCAACCCCCUCCAUAUUGACCCAGAUUUCAGCCAGAUUGGUGGCUUCAAGGUCCCUAUUCUCCACGGCCUCUGCUCCAUGGGUGUAUCUGGCAAGCAUGUGUACAACACGUUCGGUGCGUUCAAGAACAUCAAGGUUCGAUUCGCUGGCGUCGUUAUCCCCGGCCAAACUCUCAAGACCGAAAUGUGGAAGGAAGGUAACGUUGUUAUCUUCCAGGCAACUGUCGUGGAGACCGGCAAGCCUGCUAUUGCCGGUGCUGGUGUAGAGCUUGUUUCGGACAAGGGCUCGAAGCUGUAG